AUGGCGGCAGAAAAGUACUUCUCCACGGACGUGCUGCUGGACAUCCUGCAGCGGCUGCCGCCAAGCUCCCGCCGCCGCGCCCGCCUCGUCUGCCAGCACUGGCGGAACGUCGUCGACAACCGCACGACGGAGAUGCAGAGCCGCGCCAAGCCCCUCUUCUGGGACACCUGCUCCGCUGAAGCCUACCUCGUCAGCAACCUCUCGGAGCCAUGGAAGGCGACCUGCAAACGCAUGGCGGAUCCCGCCAAUUACUUCCGAGGAGGCACGCAGAUGGUCGGCACGUGCAACGGGCUGCUCUGCCUGUGCAGCAACAAGGAGCCCGGCGGCACCAUCACGGUGGUCAACCCCGCCACUCGGCAGAAGCUUCCAGUCCCGCCGUUGCGGCCCAAGGGGUUGGCUGUCAGGAGAUACGUUCGGCCGCAGUGGGACAAGGCCUACAGCUUCGGGUACCACCCGAUCACGGGGCAGUACACGGUGGUGCACGUCCCAUGCAGCUUCGACGGCGUCGUUUACGAGUUCGAUAGGGUGCAUGCGCUCACUUUGGGGGAGGCGGCGUGGCGAGAGGUGCCGGUGGUGAUCCCCGGAGGCGCAAAGUGCAAUCUUAACGCCGGAAUCAUCAGCGUCGAUGGAGCGACCCACUGGUUCACCGAAGGCGGCUCCCCGACAAUCAUGUCCUUUGACCUCCUAAGCGAGCGCAUCACCUCCACCAGGCCGCUAUCGGCUGCAUUGCCGGCCGGGCGUGAUCGAUACCACCUGACGGAAGUGCACGGGAGGUUGGGUUUCGCCGUCUUGGAUGGCUCAGUGACCACGGAGGUGUGGAUUCUGGACAAGGAGACAUGGAGCCGCUGGUAUACCUUUAGACGGCAGGACAUCCCACGGCCACACUUUGCCUAUGGCGAGUAUGUCUUGACGUGUGAGUCAUCGUCGUUUUAUGGGCACCAGCGAAAAGCCACGUUGGAAUUGGUGUCCCUCGGGGGCACCAUGGGACAUGUCGGUCGAGCCAAGGGCACGCUUGUUGCCAAGAUGAAAGGCGAGUGCUACCGCUACCGCACAUUCGUCUAUGUCAAGACCACGGAGCCACUCAAUUGUUUUACACAAAAACCUAGUCGGUGA